AUGGCUUCUACAAACCCAGCUAUUCCUGGCCAGUCCGCAGCUUCCUCAAAUCCGACGGUUCCUGCUGCUGAAAAUGCCACUCUCCAUCAUGCCUAUGACUAUGCAAAUCUUUCUCCGGUAGAAGCUUCCAAACGUCGAGCAGCAUACAAAGCCGUCGAAGAUCACUUCGAUCCCUCCUACAAAUAUGUCGGAAUUGGAUCAGGUAGUACUGUCGUCUACGUGGUGGAAGCUAUUGCUGCCAAAGGUCGAGAUAUCACCUCCAAGAUGAUUUUCGUUCCUACUGGUGAUCAAAGUAAACAAUUGAUCAUUGAAGCUGGUCUACCUUUAGGAAGCAUUGAUUCCUUACCCCCGGUGAUUGUUGAACCCCUUCAUCUUAGUGGGGACGCUGCCUUCGAUGUUUCCACGGGUCUGCAAGAUUUAGGACUGAAAGGGAAACGUGAAAGUCUUGAUGUUGCAUUCGAUGGAGCAGAUGAAAUUGAUGAAGAUCUCAACUGCAUAAAGGGAGGCGGAGCUUGUCUUUUCCAAGAAAAGCUGGUCGCAACUUCUUCCAAGAAGUUCGUAUGUGUAGCAGAUUUCCGCAAACUACAACCUCGUCUUCUCACUUCUUGGAAAGCUAUCCCAAUCGAGAUUGCGCCAUUAGCCGCCCCAACCAUAAAAAGAAUUCUCAUUACACUCGGAUCUCCGGAUCCGAAAAUCAGACAAGGUGGAAGUGCCAAAGCCGGACCAGUCGUAACAGACAACGGAAUGUGGAUCAUUGAUGCGCCUUUCCCUAAACUCUUGAUUCAUUCGGAUUUGAAGGGCCAUGAUAAGGGAGAUGGAGAAAAUGGUACUUGGGAGGUACACAACCUAGGAAGAAGACUGAAGAGAAUAGUUGGAGUCCUAGAAACUGGUCUCUUUCACGGUAGAAAUGGUGGUCAGGUUGCCAAUGCUGGCGAAGAAGGUGGUGGACAAAAGCCAGUGGCUGCAUAUUUCGGUAUGGAGGAUGGCAAUGUCGAGAUUCGCACGGCUACAGAGCAUGGCAUCAAGUCAAGGCCUUAG